AUGAGGCUUCCAGUGACCGUGAUGCGCGCAAAUACCAAGCGCGAGUUCGGCAAAAAGGCACAGUCGGCCAACAUCAUGGCUGCCAAGGCGGUUGCGGACAUGAUCCGCACCACGCUGGGUCCCAGGUCCAUGCUCAAAAUGCUUCUCGAUGCGAGUGGAGGUAUUGUGUUGACAAACGAUGGACAUGCAGUGUUGCGCGAGAUAGAUGUGGGCCAUCCGGCAGCAAAGCACAUGAUCGACCUCAGUCGAACUCAAGAUGAGGAAGUGGGUGAUGGAACAACUUCUGUCAUUGUCCUGGCUGGGGAGUUGCUGCAUCUGGCAGAGCCUUUUCUGGAGAAGAAGAUGCACCCAACAGUCAUCAUCCGAGGCUACAAGAAAGCACUUGACGAUGCCCUGUGCAUCGUUGAGAAAAUCGCUUUUCCCAUCGACUUCGACAAUUCUGAAGACGUUUUGAAAGUGGUGCAGAGCUGUUUGCAAACCAAGUUCACAAGCCGUUUUGGAACGCUCAUGGCAGAGCUUGCUGUCAAGGCUGUCCGUACAGUUGAGAAUGAGCUUGGUGGAGGGAUGAAAGAGAUUGACGUCAAGAAAUAUGCCAAGAUCGAGAAAAUCCCAGGGGGUGCGAUUGAAGAGUCGCGAGUGCUGCAAGGUGUGAUGAUCAAUAAGGAUGUGGUAACACCAGGCCGAAUGAAGAGAAAAAUUGAGAACCCAAGAAUUCUUCUUCUUGACUGCCCCUUGGAGUACAAGAAGAUGGAGAAUCAGGCCAACAUUGAAAUGAUGAAAGAGGAAGACUGGGCUGCUCUCUUGAAGGUAGAGGAGGAGUACGUGGAGCGGUUGUGCACUGCCAUCAUAAACCUGAAGCCUGAUGUUGUGAUCACCGAGAAAGGGCUCAGCGAUCUUGCUGCUCACUUCUUGACCAAGGCUGGAAUAUCUGGCAUCCGCCGUGUGAGGAAGACAGACAACAACCGCAUUGCAAGGGCAUGUGGAGCAACAAUCGUGCACAGGCCUGAAGAAGCCAAAGAGAGCGAUGUGGGCACAAAAUGUGGCUUGUUUGAGGUGGUGAAGAUUGGUGACGAGUUCUUCUCAUUUAUAGUGGACUGCAAAGAGCCAAAGGCAUGCACAAUACUGUUGAGGGGCCCAUCCAAGGAUGUCCUCAAUGAGAUCGAAAGGAAUCUGCACGAUGCCAUGGGUGUGGCAAGAAAUAUUGCAAUGGACAAGAGACUCGUCCCUGGGGGCGGAGCUGUUGAGAUGGCAGUGUCCAGGGGACUCACAGAAAGGGCUCAGUCCAUGAAGGAGAUCGAACAGUGGCCAUACAGGGCUGUUAGCGCUGCACUGGAAGUAAUCCCCAGAACUCUUGCUGAGAACUGCGGUGCCAAUGUUAUUCGAACUCUGACAAAGCUGAGGGCAAAGCAUGCAGAUGACCCAGACUGCACAUUUGGGAUCGAUGGGGAGUCUGGGGAGAUCGUUGACAUGAAGGCUAAGGGGAUAUGGGAGCCAUAUGAAGUCAAGGUGCAGACCCUGAAAACAGCUGUGGAGGCCGCUGCCAUGUUGUUGAGAAUUGAUGACGUUGUCAGUGGAAUAGGAAAGAAAGACAAGUCAGGCGGUGCCCCAAAGAGUCGCAUGGAUGAUGGUGACAAUGUUGACUCUGAGCAGAUGCUGCCUGAAUGA